AUGCUGCUUGAUGCUAAUUUUGAAUUUAAAUCAACUAUUAAUGAUUCAAAUAUUAUAUCACAAGUUUAUUUAUUAUGUGGUUCUCAAUGGAGUGGUCCUUUAGGUGCUGAUAAUUUUAGUAAAAUAUGUACUUCCAAUCAUUUAAACUAUUUAGAACAAGGUGGAAUUAGUGAAACAUUUUGUAUUAUUGAAAAAUCGUCUAAUAAGGUUAUAGCAUCUACAAUUAUUAAACAUCAAAAAUCAUUGUUUAAACCUGCUGAUAAACUGCAUGCUAUUUCAUCAGUACCAGAUCCUUCAUCAUUUGGAAUUAAACAUAUUACAUCAUUAUUAGUUUCAUUUGUAUUUGUUGAUGAAAAAUAUAGAUCUAAAGGACUAGCUAGACAAGUUGUAUCUAAAGCAAUCGAAUCUACUGAGUCAAAUAUAAUCAAGAAACAUUUAGAUCUCGGAGAUGAUAAUUUUAAAAAAAUGUGUAUUGAUGAAACUACAGGUCAUGUAGAUCCUCAAUUGGCUAAUUAUUAUUUAUCUAAAGAAUAUGUUUGGUAUUUAUAUUCUGGGGUAAAUACAUAUUAUGAAAGAUUUGGAUUUAAAUCUUAUCCAUUAGAUUUUUAUAAAAUUCCAACUGGUUUAUUAUCUGAAGGUCAAGAAGAUAUAAUUAAACAAUUAGUAGAGAAUCCAGAUUCACAUCAUGGUAAACAUUUGAAAUUAUUAUUAAGUGAUAAUGAAGAAGAUUUAAAUAUAAUUAAAUUCAUACUUCAAACUAAAGAAUUAGAAAUCUUGACUGAAUUAAAUAAAUUACUUUUCCAUUCUGAUUUACAAUCUGAUAGAAGAUCAAGUACUUCAUUAACUAACAUGUCUACAAUCUUGUCAAUGUCUAGAUUGGGUUCUAAUCAUGCAUUAUCAUCAAUUACAGAAUCAAAUCAACCAAAUAUACAAGGUAAUGCACGUAAAUCAUCAGCUCAAAAUCAAACAAUUUCUAAAUUUUCAAUUAAACCUGAUUUUUUACAUUAUCAAUGGAAUUCAAUUAUGGAAAAUGGUAUGGCUGGAAGUGAAACAGCUAAAAAAUUUUCAAAUAUUAAAGGAGCAAUUUUAACUAAUGAUUUACAACAAAAAUCACAUUAUAUUUUAUGGAAUUGUUUGAAAGGAGAAUUUUUCAUUAUUGGAAUGGGUGAAAUUCAAUAUCAAGGUAAUCAAUCUGGAAAUUAUAGAAGAAGAGGUUCUUCGUUUACUGGCUUAAAUGAACUUGGAGGUUACAAUUUUCAAGAUUUAGAUUUAUUAAUUAGUGCUGCGUUAUAUAAUGCAAAGAAUAGAGGUAAAGUUUUUAAUAAUGUUUAUAUUUCUUUAAAUGAUUUACCUGAUGAAAUUCCAGAUAAUAUCAUGCAAGAUUUUUUUAUCAAUUAUUUACCUUUUUCAAGUUAUGCUUCGGAAGAACAUAAAGAAGCUAAAAAACAAGAAAAUGAAAAACAAGAAAAAGAAUAUAGAUGUGAAUUAAUAACUGAUGCUGCUAAACAAGUUGGUGUUUUACCAAUGUUGAAAAAAUUUGGUAGUAAAAGUUUUGAAUAUGAAUUGGAUUGGAUAUCUAAUGGUAUGUGGUGUUGGGGUUAG